AUGUUAGCGGUGGGUCAGAUGGACGGGUCCCGACAGAGCGCCUUCCUCCUCAGCACCCCCCCUUUAGCGGCUCUGCACAGCAUGACCGAGAUGAAGACCCCGCUGUACCCGGCGUACCCGCUGUCCUCCACCGGCCCCAACUCCUCUACCUCACCGGCCACCACCUCUCCCAACCCGGGCGGCAUGGCCGUGUCCUCCCCGGGGAUCAAGAGCUCCACGGGGCUGUCCUCGGGGCUCGGCUCCCCGCAGCAGUGCUCCUCCGCCACCCCUCACGGAAUUAACGACAUCCUCAGCCGGCCCGCCACCUCCACCGCCGGCGUCACGGUGGCCGCGGCCGCCGCCGCCGCCGCCUCCUCCUCGGCGGGGAUUCUGUCAGGGCUGCCCCGGUUCAGCAGCCUGAGCCCGCCGCCGCCUCCCGGACUUUACUUCAGCCCCAGCGCCGCGGCGGUGGCGGUGGCCCGGUACCCGAAGCCCCUGGCGGACCUGCCGGGCAGGACGCCGAUCUUCUGGCCGGGAGUCAUGCAGAGCCCCCACUGGAGGGACGCCAGGUUCGCGUGUUCGCCCCAUCAGAGCUCCGUGCUGCUGGACAAAGACGGGAAGAGGAAACACACGCGGCCCACCUUCUCCGGACAGCAGAUCUUCGCCCUGGAAAAGACUUUCGAACAGACCAAAUACCUGGCGGGUCCGGAGAGAGCGCGCCUGGCCUACUCCCUGGGAAUGACGGAGAGCCAGGUGAAGGUCUGGUUCCAGAACAGAAGGACUAAAUGGAGGAAAAAACACGCGGCGGAAAUGGCCACAGCGAAGAAGAAGCAGGACUCGGAGACGGAGAGGCUGAAGGGCUCCUCGGACAACGACGACGAGGACGACGACUACAACAAACCUCUGGACCCGAACUCCGACGACGAGAAGAUCACACAGCUGCUGAAGAAGCACAAACCGGGAUCCGCGCUGCUGCUGCACACGUCGGAGAACGACAGCUCCUAA